AUGGGAUUGUUCAAUAAGGAAGAAACGCCCAUAAAGCCCCCAAACAAAUCCAAGAGAAAGGAAUGUUGGGAAGCUCGUGAUGGGUUUUUUGAUUGCUUAGAAAAAAAUAAGAUUGAUAAUUCAUUAGAUCCUAAAGAAGAGGAUACUGUCAAGAAGAAUUGCGGAGACUUGAGAGAUAAUUUCCAAAAUAAAUGUGUAGCUAGUUGGUUCAAGUACUUUCAGGAGAAAAGAUAUAAUGACUUAAUUAGACAAAGAUAUAUUGAAAAAUUAGAAUCAGAAAAUGCUCAGCCAUUGCCAUUUAAAUUAGGACCAAGAUAA